AUGGGUAAGAGCGCAGGUCUGCGGUCCGGUACGCGGUACGCCUUCUCGCGGAAGUUCCGUGAGAAGGGCAUGAUCCGUCUGUCCACGUAUCUCAAGACAUACCGGGUGGGCGAUAUCGUCGACCUGAAGACCAACGGUGCCGUCCAGAAGGGCAUGCCCCACAAGGUCUACCACGGCAAGACGGGCGUCAUCUACAACGUGGCCAAGAACGCCGUCGGUGUGAUCAUCUACAAGAAGGUCAAGCACCGGUACCUUGAGAAGCGCGUCAACGUCCGCAUCGAGCACAUCUCGCCGUCCCGGUCUCGCGACGACUUUCUGCGCCGCGUCAAGGUCAACGCCGAGCUCAAGAAGCAGGCCAAGGCCACCGGCACGCCCGUCCAGCUCAAGCGGUUGCCCACCAUGCCGCGUCCCGCCCACACCCUGUCGCUCGACGGCAACGCACCCGAGACCGUCACCCCGAUCCCCUACGACACCGCCAUCUAG